AUGACUGUUACUAUUUUGGAAAACCAUACGAUUACGGUUCAGCAACAACCGCAACCUUCUUCCAAAGUUGACAAUACAACGUCAACGCCACUAUCGACAACAGACACGCAAAUCAAAUCUACAACAACAAUAAAUAAUACUUUACCUGAGAUCACAAAUAUCACAUCAUCUACUAUCGUUAGGCCACAACUUUCACGUACACCAACCUCAGAACUUCCGAAAUCAGUUAUUGUCCAUGAUGAGAUACGAAAUGAAGAUCACACGAAAUAUCUUCUUGAACCUCUUCACCCAUAUUUAUUACUUGGCACAGAUGAUGUAAUCAUUCCACUAAAUGCCAAUACAUUCACGUGUCCUAAAUGUCAUGCGCCGCAUGCCGUUCAUUAUGUGCAUGAAGAUUUAAAGAAAGGUUAUUCUAAGGAUCUUUAUAUUUGUUUGGUGAAUGGUCUGAGCGGAUGUGGAUGGGAAGACACAAAGGUUCCUGUCGAAGAGGAUAUUCAUAAUCGGAUUAAGGCUUCAAUUGGAUUCAACCCUUUAAUUUUGAAUUGA